AUGAAAAUCAACAAUGAUAUUAAUUGUUUAAAAGAGAAAAUUGCAUAUGCUAAAAUCAGGUCUGGAAAAAACCAGAAAAUUGUCAGUAAUUUGCAAGAACAAUUACUCGGUUUGCGCAAUGAAUUUUAUGAAAUAAAACAUUUAGCCGGAAAUGAAAAAAAGCAUAACAUUUCUUUCAUUUCUGCUGACACCGAUUGUAUUAUUGAUGUGCAAAAUGAACUGAAGAUUACAGAAAAAAAGUUACAGUUGUUACGAAGCGUGUUGCAUACGUGCAAAUAUCAAAUAUCUAAGCUUCGCGUUCAGUUAACUUUGACUGGCCAGAAAAUGAAGCAAAGCGAGAAAGAUAGGGCUCAACAACAAAUCCUUUGCGCCAGAGCAGAAAUUGCUUCCUUACAGUAUCGAAUUCAAGGAAGUCAAGAAUGGGCUGUUUGA